AUGUCGUACUACGAUAGCGAUCUCAAAGCCAUACUCGCGCGGUUCCACAACCAUGAAGACAACGAUACGCGCAAGGACAUGCUCAAGAAACUCAGCAACAAUCAGCUUUCGCGUGUUGUUAUCCAAGGUGUGAAGUCCGAGUUCGAAAGAGAAGGAUUAGAGGAAAUUGCGUUAGUCAUGCUAGGUGUCAUAUCAAGGGAUUCGCGCUCGGAGCUCGCGCAUGAUAUACAGGGCAAGAACGAAGUCGCGGUGAAGCAUGAAGCAGCCGAUGAAGAUGGUGAGGUCGUGAUCAAGAUGGAAGAAGAGUCAGACGACGACAACGGGGUCACCAUGAUGAGAUUCAAACACCUCAAGAUUGAUUUCAAAUACGAGAAGCCCGACCUCAAGGGGCCUAUCCCCAGGCUGCGAUAG